CAAGAGCUCAGACGGCACGAGCAAAGGAAGCGCGCUUGUUAGGCUCGAGAAUCGCGAGGCCGCGCAACGAGCAGUUGACGCGCUCAGUGGUAUGGUGAGUAGGAUUCUCUUUUGCACAAGUCGCGUCCUCUGGUCUUGAUCAUGUUUGCGCAAUCGAUCAAUUUCAUUAAGGAAUUCCCCACUGGCGAGCGUCUGGUCGUGCGCUUUGCGGACAGCGAAGCUCAACGCGAACUUAAGCGUAACGUGCUUUCGGCCACCAAGCAGCAGGUGGAUAUCUCCCGCCUUCGCGACCGCACCUCGAGCAACAUCAACAGUAUCUCCUGCUCAGCUCUUUCUCCUCAAGGCGGAAACACGCCUGUCAUGUCUGCUGGUGCGUCGGAAACGCCUACAUCUGAUCUUCUUGCUGCGGAUCGACGAGCGCCAAUGCAGCAUCCUGCAAGCCAGCAGCAGCCUCUCGCCCGGAAUCUGCUCAGUAGCUCCCACUCUGCGCCGUUGACACCAGAACUGGCAGGUCAGAACACGCCGACGUGGCAGCCAUUCCCACUUCGUAUCAAUUCUUCCAGCGCCGAUCUGUCGCAAACCGGUCUUUUGGCCGAAGGAACAAAAGAACCAGGCUCAUUCUUCACUGCGCGAAUGCUCAGCAGUGCGGGCUUUACACCUCGCGACUUGUCGGCGACCGCUGCAAUGUCACUGACGACGGCACACGGUCCACUUUCCGCUGGGUUGGCUGCUGCGGCUCGCUUGGCGAAGCUCACCUCCAGUAUGCCAGCCAUGCCAGGUGCGAAUGCUCCCUUUCAUCCUCAUCCGUCGCAACUGCAGUUGCGAAAUGGAAUGCCCAUGCUAAGGGACGCGGGUUUCGCGGAAAAUAUUCAACCCAACUUGCGUCCGUCCCUCGAAGAUGAACGGAGGAACAGCUCACCAGCCUUUUCGUCCGUCUCCCCCGGGGUGCGCAGCAAGACGAACAGUCACCAGUCCUUGUCGGGCGGCUCAAACACCUCGACAACAGCGAUGAGCUCAGGGGGUGCGAAUCGCUCGUCGUCGCUGGCGUCUAAGUGUGGCGGCAGGGGGCGAGUAGGAGCGGGACACGGAAGCAAUAACUCUCGCACACAGUUUCAGACUGCGCGUGGACCUACAGCCACGUCGCUAGCGGAUGGUCCGGUAACGCCUUCCAAGCGCGAUAUCCGCGUUCAACUCGGCUAGUCACUGAGCAUAUCAGGCGACACUGAAGUCAAAUUAUACGUGGCAACACACAUUUACGUCUCCAUUCGCCAGUCAUCGAAUGCAUACCAUUCGAUCACAAGGCCCCUGCUUUUCGUUGGUACCGGGUCACAAAUCCACAUUCACAUUCACGCUCGCAUUCGCAAAACAUAGCAUAUCGCAAGUUUCCAGCAUUUUCCCAUCGGUGAUCAAAGUAGCACUUUUCGCAGUUCCUUGGCCUUUGUUAGC